UCAGAGGAGUGAGCGUUAGGAAGUAGGGGGCUCCGGGAUAGAGGGUUGAGAGCCAGGCUAAAGGGGGCUGCUUUACCCGGCUGGCCGAGUUGGCUGAACCCUCGGUCAGUGCUGUGGGAAGAGCCUGAUAGCCUGGUAGGGUGUAGAGAACUCCCAGUACCCUUCCCCUGGGGAGAUUAGUUAACGUUUGGCGUCAGCCCCUACACGACCAGCUUCAGCGUCCUUUCUACCACACAACACUUGUAGAAGGCGGCAACGGGACAUGGACGCGUGGACUCUGCUGCUGGGCGCCGCGGCGCUCUUCUGCUGCGUCUGCGCCCUGCGCGCGUGGCGCGCGCUCCGCGAGGCGCGCGCGCACGCGAGGGCGCUCGCCGCGUUCCCGGGACCCGGCCGCCACUGGCUCUACGGGAACGCGCACUGCUUCCCCAACGAUGAAAGGGCGCUGCAGAUUGAGCUUAAGUUCUCCAAGGAGUAUUCAUUUGCCACACCGCUGUGGUUCGGGCCGACAUUAGGCUUCCUGUCCAUGACGCAUCCGGACUACGCUCGAGCAGUGCUCACAUCCAGCGAACCAAAAGACGAUGUGGCAUAUGAAUUCCUUAUCCCAUGGAUUGGGAAUGGCUUGCUUGUGCUAUCUGGACCCAAGUGGUUUAGAAACCGGCGACUUCUGACUCCUGGGUUUCACUAUGAAAUCCUCAAACCAUACAUUGCCAUCAUUGGUCAAAGCACUGCAUCAAUGCUGGAUAAAUGGGAGAGACUUUCAGAGAAGCAACCGACUUUAGAGGUUUAUGGUGACAUUUCCCUGCUCAUGCUUGACAGCAUCCUCAAAUGUGCGUUCAGCUAUGAAGGCAAUUGCCAAACAGAAACGGGCAAUUCGUACGUGCGAGCUGUGUACGAAUUGACGGAUUUGGUUGACCGUCGCUUCCGAAAUUUUGCGUUGCAUAACAAGUGGGUAUAUUACCUCACCCCAGAUGGAUGGCGCUUUCAAAAAGCCAAAGCACAUGCACAUAAGCACACAGAGGAGGUGAUCAGACGGAGGAGAGAGACGCUGAAGUUGGAAGCUCAGCAGCACAAGACGCAGCAGAAACGGAACCUGGAUUUCCUCGACAUUUUGCUGAGUGCCCGUGACGCAGAUGGGCAGAGCCUAUCGGACGAAGAGAUUCGCGCGGAGGUCGACACCUUCAUGUUUGAAGGCCACGACACGACGGCGAGCGGCCUCUCCUGGGUCCUGCACGCGCUAGCGAGCAACCCGCACCACCAGGAGGUGUGCCGCAACGAGGCAGCCCGCGUGCUGGCCGGGCGCUCGCAGCCAGAGUGGGACGACAUGUCGAACCUGCCCUACACCACCAUGGUCAUUAAGGAGUCUCUCCGUCUCUACCCGCCGGUGCCGGGCAUCGGCCGCAAGCUCACGCAGCCGCUCAAGCUGCCACACGGACACGUUCUCCCAGCCGGGAUGCGGGUCGGCGUCAGCAUCUUCUGCAUCCAUAGAAAUGAGGAAUUCUGGAAGGAUCCUGAGGUUUUUGAUCCGCUGCGGUUUUCUCAGGAGAAUUCCGCACACAGACAUCCGUACGCCUUUAUUCCAUUCUCUGCUGGACCACGAAACUGCAUUGGCCAGAACUUUGCCCUCAACGAGUUGCGCGUCACCGUGGCGAUGAUCCUAUCACGAUUCCGCAUCCAUUCGGCCUCCCCGCCAGCCUGGCCCCUGCCUCAGCCUAUCCCUCAAAUAGUUCUACGCUCAAACACUGGCUUUCAUUUCCGUUUUGAAAGAGUCGAGCCUCUCAAAUAUGGCCCAAAAUAACAUUUUGAUACCCAGAUAAGGUAAGGCAUGCGCAAUUUAUAUUAGUUUUUGAUAAACGUGGCGAUCAAAAACCAAGACAAGUCUGAUUUAUCAAUGAAAUUUUAGAUAAACGGUAAGAUGCAAAAGGUAAAACAAAUUUAAAAUCUAAAUAAAAACCAUUAAGUGCUGAGACUUGUACUACUUAGUGCAAUGCAAGUACAAACACGUUUGUUAAUAAAAAAAUGACUCCAUACAUAAAUGUGCCCAAGUUGGUAAUUUAACCCAGAGGACCCCCUUGCUAUGAGGCACGACUGCGCCAACUUUUCACCGUUAACACCUCCAGCCAUAUGAUAUGAAGAAUAAAAAUAACAGCUUUGUCUGGGGGAAAUCCCACACACAUGGAGGUUUGCCUCUGCAGUGCAGAGGUCGCUGCGGUCAAAUCAAUGCAGGUGGUGCUGCUGCUGUUCCAAGGAGCAGUGGGUCAACUUUUAUUUUACAACACCUUUGAUUUAAGAUAUGGGGCCAUCUGCUAUAAAUAUAGAAGUGGAAUUGACUGGAUCAGAAGACGAUUAGACAAGUAUUGUGCCAAGUAGCUUAGAGCAUUUGGUGCUGAAGGUUGGGGAAUACUUCAGUCAUGGGGCCUGGGUCAGGCAGCAAGAGGCAGUCGAGCUGAGGAGAUGCACGGUGACCAAGAUGAGACUGUGCCGAUCCAGAGCAACCAGCAUGAUCAGGGCUGGAGCAAAACGACACGUGGUGCGUGGCUGCGGCGCGAUGCUUGUGUAACGUGUGCGAGUGCUCAGAUUGUUGUGUUCUAAGAGGGGGCUGUGUUCUCCUGAGGGGCCUAUUUUUCUUAAUGGGAGUUGUUCUUGUCAAUGGUGGUACACUGUAAAACAUGUUUUGCUUUGCCAGCCACCUCAAAUAAAUGUCCUAAUAAACCGCAGUUUGGUUUGAAA